AUAAGGAUCAAAGACUUGGUAUUAAUGAUGAGCGAAAUAUAUUUAAAAAUAGCUUAAGUAAAUUUAUUGAUAAAGAUAUUCCUCAUAAACUUUGGAAUCAAAUUUUUGAAGGCACAAAGAGUGGAUGGUGCCUCAAUGUUAAGAUUUUGACAGCUACAGCAAUAGCUGAUCUGAUAACUAAAUCAUUGGAGGGAUACACUAAUACCAUUGAUGAGAUCCCAUUAAAGAAUUCUCGUGAAUGGAUUAAUCAAAUAUGGUAUAAUUUUCUUGAACGGCAGUAUAAUUUAGAUAAUUUUAAGGAUAUUCAUCUCUUACCAACAAAUAGAGGAACACUUCGUAAAAUAAGAACAGUUCAGAAAUGCUUUUGGAAUAGUAUUGAUAACAAGCUCGAAAAUAAAAUUCAACCACUUAUCGAGAAAUUUGGAAUUGUAUUUGUUGACAAAGAAUUCGAAAAACAUGAUGUAUCUAACUGGAAUGAAUUAUCAAAAUACGUUAUUGAACUUAAUAAUGUGUCUGAAGUCUUGGAAUGCUUACGUGCAAUUACCAUAUUUCCAAAGAAUGUACAGCAAAAUUUGAACUCUCAAGAAGCAAACGAGUUGAUAGACUAUUUAUGUCGUCAUUUUCGUCCUUCUAACACCGCUUACUAUGGCCUUAUUAUUAAACACCUUCCAAUCUUUACGGAAGUUGACAAAGAUGGGUUAAUUGCUCUAAUGCCUGGAACUAAAGAAUGGUAUCUACUUCCAACAGAAGAUGAAAAAAGUUAUGGGUAUAUUAUUGCACCCAACGAUAUAAAUGGUUUUCUCGAUGCAACUAUGUCAA